UUACUUGGUGACGGCGUAGGCACCUGCUUGAUUCAUCUAUCCCGCAUGGCGUGGGCCCGGGUAGGUCAUACAAGCCUAGUCUGUCGUGCUUGAGUGGAACGCCCUCACGGUAUGAUGAGCACGAGCUGCAGCGGAUGGUAGAGAGACUAUAAAAGAGACUUUUGCCCCGUGUGAUGAUGUUCUUUCUCCUCUGUCAUUGCUAGAUCCAGUCCGAAUUGAGGAGAAACGGUUGACAUCAUGGUCGUUGGUAUCGCGUCGUUGUUCGUCUCAGCCCUUGUGGCGACGCAGGCCAUUGCUACGCCCAUCAAGGCGCGCUCGCCCUACGCCGUCAAGGAGAAGCACCUCAAGCCUCGUGCCUGGAGGAAGCUCGACAAGGCUCCUAGAGACCACUUGAUCAAUCUGCAAAUUGCGGUCAAGCAGAGCAACUUCGAGCAGCUUGAGAAGCAUCUGUACGAAGUCUCCGACCCGGCCCACCCCCGCUACGGCGACCAUCUGUCCGCGGACGAUGUUACGGAAUUGAUCAAGCCGACCGACGAUUCUCUAGACCAGAUCCAUGAAUGGCUCGAGGAGAAUGGCAUCGUGCCUACUGCGUACAGCACAGCCAAGGAUUGGAUCCAUGUCACGCUCCCGGUCGAGACUAUCGAGCGACUCCUCGAUACCGAAUACCACACGUUUGAGCAUGCUGACGGAGGCCGUGUUGUACGCACUGAGGGUUGGUCGCUCCCACGCCAUCUGCAUGCACACAUCGACACCAUCCAGCCCACAACGUCCUUUUUCCGUGCGCGCGCCGCAAGCGUCGACUCCUUCGUAUCUCCUAUCUGGGAAGCGCAGGACUUCAGCAUCAAUGGCCUCGCGGAAAAGAAGAUGAACGACCCUGAGAUUGCAAAGGUGUGCAAUGUCUCGUCCGUGACGCCCGAGUGCUUCAAGACCCUAUACAAGACAAAAGGCUACAAGACUCAGGCUGCUGAUAAGAACGCAAUCGGCUUCACCAACUACCUUGGCGAGCACCCCAUCCGCUCAGAUACGGAGCAGUUCCUUCAAAAGUACAACCCCGAAGCCGUGUCAUCCGCGCGUGACUUCAAGCAGAUUGUCAUUGCAAACGGCCCCGGCGACCAGCCUCUUACACCCGCUGAAACCGAAGAGGGCACAUCGAAAGAAGCCAACCUUGACGUGCAAGCCAUUGCUGGAAUCAGCUACAGCACGCCCAUCACCUCAUACUCCACCGGUGGCAGCCCGCCAUUCAUCCCGGACAUCAACACCCCCACAAACACCAACGAGCCCUACCUCGUUUGGGUGAACUACCUGCUCGACCAAAAGUCCUUCCCUCAAGUAAUCACCACCUCGUACGGCGACGACGAGCAGACCGUCCCCAAGUCCUACGCCACACGCGUGUGCCAGCAAUUUGCCCAAGUCGGUGCCCGCGGCACCUCCCUGCUCUUCAGCUCUGGCGACAACGGCGUCGGCCGCUAUGGCACAUGUGUGUCCAACGAUGGCAAGAACACCACCAUGUUCCUACCCUCGUUCCCGGCGGGCUGCCCAUACGUGACGACGGUCGGCGCGACGAAGAACUUCCAGCCUGAGGUCGUCGCCUACCGCGCUGCCUUCACCGGGCCGGAUGGUGUGACUCGAGGCAACUACACGUCUGGCAGCGGCUUUUCAAACUACUUUGAGGCACCGGGGUAUCAGAAGGAAGUUGUUAGCAAGUACGUAAGUGAUCUGAAGGGCAAGUACGAUGGCUUGUACAACAAGAAAGGCCGUGGAUACCCCGACAUCUCGGCUCAAGGACUUUACUUUGCGUAUUUCUGGAACGGGACCGAGGGUGUGAUAUCAGGAACCAGUGCAAGCUGCCCACUGACAGGUGGAAUUCUGUCACUGGUUAAUGAUGCGCUGAUUGCGAGCGGCAAGCGACCCUUGGGGUUCUUGAACCCGUGGCUGUACUCUGUCGGAUACAAGGGCCUAACGGAUAUCACCGAGGGCUCCGGAGUCGGCUGUGGAGUGGACGGAUUCCCGGCGACAAAAGGAUGGGAUGCGGUCACCGGACUAGGAACGCCAAUCUUCCCUGAGCUGGUGAAGCUCGCUGGUGGGAAGCUUCCGCAUCAGUAGAGGUGUUUCGUCGUACGCUGUUGAACAGUCAGCACAGCUGCUCUACGCACGUGAUGUAAAGUUUAGAAUGCGUCUUUGCACUCCAUGUUAAUAUUAAGAAAUAAAUCUUUAGCUCACUCUGCCACU